AUGGAAGAGGAGCAGGCCGGUUGGCGGAGACCCGAGGAGGAGGGUUCGGAGAGAUGGGAGGAGGCAGGCCGGGAGGACCAGCUGUCUUGGGUGUGGGCCAACCGGGUGGAAGGGGACCAGCAAGACCUGUUGAUGGGGCUGAGCGGCCAGGAGAGCCGGGCGGCGGGGCCCGUGGGGGUCCCGGAGGCGGCGGGCCCCGAGGAGGCGGAGGAGCCGAGGCCCACGGGCUCGGGCGGCGGGAGCAGAGAGGGGUGGGCGGGCUGGGCGCCUGCCGAGCCGAGGGGCGGGGCGAGGGCGGCCCCCGAGGGAGCGGCGGCGGCGGGUCCGGAGGGAGGGAGGGGCGGAGAGGGGCGGGGAAAGAGGGACGGGGUGAAAGCGGAGGGGCAGUCCUGCGAGGCCGAGAGUAUCCGCAAGCUAAGGGAGGAGUUGCGGAGCCGGGGCGUCCCGGAGCCCGGGAAGCUCCGGGAAAGGUACUGGGAGGGCACCCAGGAGCGCUACCGGGAGAGGGAGGUAAAGCGCAGGGCCAAAGGCACGAAGCAGGUCGAGAAUAAGCACCGGCUGGAGAAGAAGCCCAACUGGCUGAAGGACCCGAGGCUGGUGGAGACCGAGGAGAAGGAGGUCCUCAGAGUGAAGACGGACGAAAACUUGACCAACUGGGUGUCGGGGCAGCAAAGCCAGCGGCCCACGAUUCGAGUCAACGUCUACCCUAGACCUCACCUCCAGUCGCAGUGGUCCAUCUGCCACCACUCGGUCGGUGUCAUUAACGAGCUGGCGAAGAUGGGCGACCCAAACGUCCUGGAAAUGGUGCAGGAGGAAGGAUUUGCUAACUUUCUGUUGAUUGUUUCACAGUCUGCAAAGCGAUUCAAUUUGUUCCUGAGACGACGUCUUAUGUUUAAGAAAGAUGAACAAAGCAAAGAUUCUAUCUUCUUCCGAGAUGGGAUUAGGCAAAUUGAUUUUGUGCUCUCGUAUGUUGAUGACAUAAAGAAAGAAGCGGAAUUAAAGGCGGAAAGGAGAAAAGAAUUUGAACAAAAUCUCAGAAAAACAGGUCUUGAGUUGGAAGUUGAAGACAAAAGGAACUCUGAAGAUGGAAGGACUUAUUUUGUCAAGAUCCAUGCCCCUUGGGAGGUACUAGUUACUUACGCUGAAGUGCUGGGAAUCAAAAUGCCUAUUAAGGAGAGUGAUAUUCCUCCAGCUGAGAAUAUCCCCUAUAUGCUUGGGCCUCUGAAGCUCCCAAAGAAUGUGAGGCACCCUCAUCCUGAAUAUUUCACUGCCCAAUUCACCAGACAUCGGCAGGAACUCUUCCUCAUUGAAGACGAGUCAAGCUUCUUUCCAUCCUCAUCAAGAAACAGAAUUGUUUAUUAUAUUCUCUCACGGUGUCCUUUUGGCAUAGAAGAUGGGAAGAAGAAGUUUGGGAUUGAAAGACUGCUAACUUCUAAUACUUACUCAUCUGCCUAUCCACUCCAUGAUGGUCAGUAUUGGAAGCCUUCAGAACCUCCCAAUCCUGUCAACGAGAGGUACAUACUUUGCCAGAAUUGGGCCCGCUUUUCCUAUUUUUACAAGGAGCAGCCUUUAGAUUUGGUUAGGAAUUAUUUUGGAGAAAAAAUUGCCAUGUAUUUUGUCUUUCUUGGAUUUUACACCGAAAUGCUGUCCUUUGCAGCUAUAGUUGGCUUAGCUUGUUUCAUUUACGGCUUAUUAUCAAUGGAUGGUAACUCAAGCAGCACUGAGAUCUGUGACCCUACAAUUGGAGGUCAGAUUAUCAUGUGUCCACUCUGUGAUCAAGUGUGUGAUUAUUGGAGACUAAAUACCACGUGUUUGGCUUCAAAGAUCUCCCAUUUAUUUGAUAACGAGUCAACAGUGUUCUUUGCAAUAUUCAUGGGAAUUUGGGUCACAUUGUUUUUGGAGUUUUGGAAACAGCGACAGGCCAGAAUGGAAUAUGAGUGGGACCUGGUGGAUUUCGAAGAGGAGCAACAACAGCUCCAGCUGAGACCGGAAUUUGAAGCGAUGUGUAAACACAGGAAGAUGAAUGCAGUGACUAAGGAGAUGGAACCUUACAUGCCUCUUUGUAGUCGUCUUCCAUGGUACUUUUUAUCAGGAGCUACGGUGACAUUAUGGAUGGCCCUUGUCAUUGCGUGUAUGGUAGCUGUGAUUGUGUACCGCCUGUCAGUGUUUGCUACAUUUGCUAGCUUCAUGGAAAGUGAAGCAUCCUUCAAGCAUGUCAAAAGUUUCCUCACUCCCCAGAUAACCACGUCACUCAGUGGAUCCUGCUUGAAUUUUAUCGUCAUCUUGAUCUUGAAUUUCUUUUAUGAAAAGAUAUCUGCAUGGAUUACAAAAAUGGAAAUUCCUCGAACUUACCAGGAAUAUGAGAGCAGUCUUACCUUGAAAAUGUUCCUGUUUCAGUUUGUGAAUUUUUACUCGUCCUGCUUCUAUGUAGCUUUCUUUAAAGGGAAGUUUGUGGGCUAUCCUGGAAAAUACACAUAUUUGUUUAAUGUGUGGAGAAGUGAAGAGUGUGAUCCUGGAGGCUGUCUAAUAGAAUUGACAACCCAGUUGACCAUCAUAAUGACUGGGAAACAGAUCUUCGGAAAUGUCAAAGAAGCCAUUUAUCCUAUGGUUCUGAAUUGGUGGAGACGUCGAAAAGCUCGGACCAACUCUGAAAAGCUGUACAGUCGAUGGGAGCAGGAUCAUGACCUUGAAACUUUUGGAUCUCUUGGGCUAUUCUACGAGUAUUUAGAAACAGUUAUCCAGUUUGGAUUUGUUACAUUAUUUGUGGCCUCUUUUCCUCUGGCUCCUCUUCUUGCUCUCUUGAAUAAUAUUAUAGAGAUCCGAGUGGAUGCCUGGAAACUUACAACUCAGUACAGGAGACCCGUUGCUGCUAAAGCUCACUGCAUAGGUGUUUGGCAAGACAUUCUUUACGGAAUGGCUGUCCUUUCUGUUGCAACUAAUGCUUUUAUUGUUGCAUUUACAUCGGACAUCAUUCCCCGUUUAGUUUACUACUAUGCCUACUCAACAGAUGCCACUGAGCCCAUGAGAGGAUAUGUCAACGACAGCCUGUCAACAUUCCUCAUAGCUGAUUUUCCAAACCACACGGCACCUUCGGAAAAACGAGACUUCAUCACUUGCAGGUACAGAGAUUACAGAUACCCUCCUGAUCAUGAUCAGAAAUAUUUUCAUAAUAUGCAGUACUGGCAUGUCCUCGCUGCCAAGAUGACCUUCAUCAUCGUUAUGGAACAUGUUGUGUUUUUAGUUAAAUUUUUGUUGGCCUGGAUGAUCCCUGAUGUUCCAAAAGAUGUUCUGGACAGAAUCAAGCGAGAAAAGUUAAUGACUAUCAAGAUUCUCCAUGACUUUGAGCUUAACAAAUUAAAAGAGAACUUGAGAAUUAAUUCUAGUGAACUUGCCAAACAAGUCUUGAUUCAGGAAAACAAAGCACAACUGGCUAAAUCAGCAGUCUAA